AUGGAGAGAGGCAGCAAGGCGCCGCCGCUGUAUCGACCUGCACGCAGCUCGAAUUACAACUUUGUCCACGUCCCGCAGUCAAAGUCUCCGCGCAGACACCAUGACCCUGCGCUGCCAACGAGCACGCUGGACACUAUCGUCGCCACGAUCCUCGAAACAUGGGCUGUUCGUUUGGGACAGUGCCAGGACGACGAUUCCACGCAGGACGCGUCCUCCGACUGCUCCACGGUUCCCGAGCGUGUGCGCAAACUGUGGCAGGCGGUCGUGCGCGAUGCACAAACGGGUGUGUAUGGUCGUGCCAGCGACGACGUGGUCGGGCAGCAUGCAUUGCCGAAUCCGAUCUGCACGGCCAUCUGCGUUGAAAUCGUGAUCGAGAUCUUGCGCGCCGUGCUGCCACGCCAUGCCGGGAUCGUCGACGUCGUCAUCGGAAGCCUCGUGCACUCGAUCUACAGCAAGUACGAUCCGUCCAAGUCCUACUACUCCAACACGAUGUAUGCCCAUGCUGGCCAAGACCACUUGGCGGUGUCGCUCGUACAAAGCACCGUCCGCACGCUGUACACCGUGUAUGGGUACUUGGACUCGCCAACGCAGCUCUCGGUGGCCAUCGAGCUGGUGAAGCCCCUCGUGACGACAGAGAUCUUGGGCGACCUGUGGGAAAGCCUCAUGGCCAAGCUGCCGCGACGAGAUCACUCCCAAGCAGCGGCGCACAUGUUACUGUUCUCCAGGUGCUUUGCAUCGCUGCCGCGGGACGAGAAGCGCGAGAUUCUCCCGCUGCUGGCGUCGUCGAUUCAACGGCGCAUCGAAGAGUUCGUCCCGUCGAUCGGGACACUGGAAUCGUCGUCCCGCGCGGUAAACGUUGACCAAGAAGACUCGUUCGACCCAGACGGCGUCGUGCCAAGAUCGUGGGAGCCGUCAACUUUUUACGACGCCGCCACGCAUCACAGGCCGAGGGGGUCCGUCGCGCGAGCGAGCAUGUUGAAAUCGCACACCGCGCCGAUGGAUUAUCGGAAAACGUCGAUGCUGGGCAAGCCAGCGCAUGAACGAGGCACGAGGAACGGCCUGAAUUCUCUGGUCAUGGGAGCCAGCGACCAAGCGACACCGCUACCGACGAUGCGCAAGCCAUCGAACGCGCGCAAAGGAACAAUGCUCGGGAUGGGCUCGUCAUGUCGGCGCAAGUCGACACGGAUCCACGACGUCGCCGUCCUUCGCCCAGACCAGUUGCAUGGAAUCCUCCCGCAUGUCGGGCCGUCUCGGCAAAGCACCGCGCCACCGGCGUUGGUGAAGCAGCCGUCGUCCGUUGGCACGGGGGAGCCCGACACGUCUGCCGAGUUGCUCGAGUUCGUCGACGAGCUGGCCGACGACUUGAAGGACAUUUACGCGUUGUUGCGGGCGGGCGAGUAUCGUAGCCAGCAGAGCGGGAUGCAAGAUUUCGCCAAGCUGCUCACGACUCGCCUCCACGUGUCACUGGAUGAUGUCGACCACGAGCAUCAAAAGGGCGGUGCGGCGGACCCCAAGGAAACGGAGCUGAUGGCCGUCACGAGCAUCAUCCAGCUGGUCAAAGCGCACCCAGGCGCGCUCGGGAGCGUGCUGAAGCAAGUGCCAGACUUGGUCGUCGACACUCUGCGGUCACAGCAAGGAAUUCUCAAGUACUGCAUGGUGCAUUGUUCGUGGGUCGUCCGGCACUUCUUGAAGCUCGACGCUGCUGCCACGGAGACGUGGCAAUCGAUCGUGAAGGCGCAGUCGAAAGGCCUGACGUUGCUGUGGUCGACCGACCAAUUCGCCGCCGACGAAGUCGUGGUGUCGCCGAUCGAGGCCGCAUACCAGUGGCUGCAAACCCACGUGCCGGAUGCGGCCAAAGUGCUCCUGCUCAACCAUGACCUGGCCAAACUUAUCUUUGCCGAGAUGGAGCGCGAGGUCUUGACGGCAAAAGCGACCAACAAGGGGCUGCGCCUCAAGAUGCUGCUCACGGAGCUCGAAGACCUUCCGACCUUCCAAGCGCACAUGCACUUGGCGGCGCAAAAGGGCCUCGACAUGGCCAUCAAGCACGACAUGAAGGGCGUUGUCACGAUGCUCACGAUCAUCUUGAACAACAACGCGCAUUUGAAAGACCUUGCCGCAUCCAGCGUUGAAAUCACGGCCGCGCUCGCCGUCCACAACAAGCACGCGCUGCUCAACUUGCUCAACUCGGAUGUUGUCACGUGGAAGCCGUUCUUUGUGCAAAUCAUGAUGGAGAACAAUUUUCUUCUGACCGACUGCUUAAUGACAAAGACCAAGCAUUUGCCUGGCGGUGAACAACUCAUGGUCGCCUUUCAUUCCGUCUUGGACGGCGUCGCGGGCCACUGGGUCACAGGCGAUGAAGAUCAACCGUCGGGUGUGGCAUUUAAAGCGCGCGGCCACUUUAAGCGAGCGUUGAGUGUGCUGCGCUUGGCCCAACGCCGUCGAAAUACCACCGCCGAGUCGCUGGAUGGAACCGAUGCGCUCGACGACAACGCGCUUGCGCCGACGCGUGCAAGCCAAGGCAAUGUGCCGAGGAAAGCAUCGAACAAAGCCGCCACCACGCGACAACGGCAGAUGCUGGAUGGGAUCCCGCGUGCGUCGGUCGUGCCAGGCGUGUACCACAUCCCGUGGAUUUGGAAAACGUUCCUGAUCGAUGCGACGUUGGAGAGGGCCGCGACGACGCCCAAGCAUCCUUGGGGGCGGCGCGAAUUGAAGCGAUUCAUCCUCGACAUCGUGAUCGAAAAGAUCAAGUUGGAUGAGCUCGACACGGACGACGACGUGCUGAGCGACUUGUCUGUGUUUGUCUGCGAUUACCUCACCAACAAGCUGCAAAAUCGAGGGUUGGUGUGUUUUCAACUGCAGCAGCUCGUGAACGGAAUCCAAAAGCACAUUGAAGACCCACGUGUGUCGUUCUUUGCCGCGGCAUGUGGCGUCAAACAGCCCCUUCGACGUGGCGUGCUGCAUUCGUGCCUUCGUUCGCUGUCGCAUUUGCUCUUUGGCCAGCUGCGGAUUUUCCGGUCCGAGAAACGUUUGCAAGAGCUCGUGGACGGAUCGUGCGUCGUACCGGUGGCCGCGGUCGAGAGCGCAGCACGGAGUGUGUUUGCGCAGUGCCUGUCGUCCGAAGAGUUGACUGCCGUCGCCGGCGAGAUUGCAACUCUUCGACGCUUCCCUGCUUCCGACAUUUCCCACGAGCUCAACCAUGUCGACCUCGACGACGCCAUGGCGGUGUACAUGCGCCAGUGGCAGCAGAUUGAAGGGCACAUGGACGAGCAAUUCAUCCUGGCAUUCAAUCGGUUCCGCGGCGCAAAUCAAGACUUUGUCGGGAUCGACCAGUUUGUCAAGAUCGUGACAACAGUGACCCGGCACAGCGUGAGUGUGCGCGACUGCCGCCUCAUCUUCUACGACACGGGCAAGGAAAUGAUCGACCUGAACACACUCUUGCGGCUCACGCAAGAGUACGACCUCCGCAUCUCGCUCGCCCACCCCAAGAUCGUGCUGGACGAACAUGACUUUGACUGCAUCCGUCGAAGCCUCGGCGUUUCGAGCGUCCUGUCGUUUGAGGACGAGCUCAAGCAGCUCGUUGCGUGCUGGUCCGAGGUGAAACCAAACAUCGACAAACAGCUCGCGUCGUUGCACCAGACAGAAGAGACCAAGCGCGACCUGGCCCACCACGUUCAGGCUGUUGAGGACUCGCUCGCGUACCUUCGAUCGGGCAUCGACACGCCGUCCAUGAACACGGUGUGGGACACGUUCCGCGGCUCGAUCGCGAGCUUGCAAGCGGCCGUGAACGCCCAGCGAAGUUUCAGCAUCUUGUACGUGCAGUGCCACGUGCGAAAAUGGGUGUCCAAGCUCAAGAAACGCAAGUCGGAGCGGCAUUCGUUGAGGCGGCAAGAACGCCAUGGCGGCGCAAAAGAGAGCGACAGUCCACAGCGACGCACGGCGCUGCGAUAGCACGCGAGAUGCAAGCCAUGUUAUCGAGUGGGAGAUUACGCCCUGAACGAUGUUGAGAGUCGUCGAUGCACAUGUGGGUCGACGACGCUUAUUGCGCUUCGGCCAAAUAGUCUUUGACUUCGCUCGGCGUCAACACGCGGAACUUCUUGUCGACGCCGAUCACACCCACUUCAAUGUUGUGUUCGUUCAUCUCGCCUUCAAAUCCAUCGCGCAUCGUCAACAGCGCCGUGUUGAUCGCGUCUUCCAGCUCAAUGUCGUCCGUGUAUCUC